UCUUAAGUUGCCUUACCCCUGGAACUCAAAAUUCCCACACUGUUUCAACACCAUUAAAGAGAAGAAAAUGUCAGGAGCGGCCUCCACUUUGGCCAAGAGGCAUGCCAUCAAGUACUUGGACCAAGAUUUCGAAGCUCUGAGGAGGCAAUGUCUGAGCAGUGGACAACUCUUUUCUGACCCCGAAUUCCCAGCUGCCCCCAAGUCCCUGGGAUUUGAGGAACUUGGACCAAACUCUCCCAAAGCCAGAGGAGUGCAAUGGAAAAGACCAGGAGAGCUGUGCUCAGAACCCAAGUUCAUCACUGGUGGGGCCACGAGGACCGACAUCUGCCAAGGAGACCUGGGGGACUGCUGGCUGAUGGCUGCCAUCGCCUCUCUGACUCUGAACCAAGACAUUUUGGCACGAGUGAUUCAUCCUGAGCAGAGCUUCACGAAGGGCUACGCUGGAAUCUUUCACUUUCAGCUGUGGCAGUAUGGGCAGUGGGUGGACGUUGUAAUCGAUGACAAACUGCCCACCAAAGACGGAGAGCUGUUGUUCGUUCACUCGGCCGAAAGAAGUGAGUUCUGGAGCGCGCUGCUGGAGAAGGCCUAUGCAAAAGUGAAUGGAAGCUAUGAGGCUCUGAAAGGAGGAAGUGCUACUGAAGGCUUCGAGGACUUCACUGGAGGCAUUGGGGAACGUUACCAGCUCAGCAAAGCUCCUUCGAACCUGUUUAAUAUCAUGAAGCAGUCUCUGAGCCGCGGCUCUCUGCUGAGCACAGCUAUAUCCGGCACUGCAUAUGAAAAAGAGUCUGUGACCGAAGAACAGCUGGUCAAGAGACACGCCUACUCCAUCGUAGGGGCAGAGGAGGUACAUGUGGGUGGACGUCUGGUGCAGCUGGUGCGCCUCAGGAACCCCUGGGGUCACAAGGAGUGGAAAGGGGCUUGGAGUGAUAAAUCCAAGGAGUGGGAUCAGGUCGCGCCACAUGUCAAGGCCAAACUCAAUCACUGUGCGGAUGAUGGAGAGUUCUGGAUGGCGUAUUCAGACUUCAGGGAGAGGUACUCAAAGGUGGAGAUCUGUAACCUGAUUCCAGAAACUCCAAGCAGCAGUCACGUGGGCAAAUGGGACCGCUGGGAAUUUGAGGCUACAUUCAGAUCUAACCGGCAGUUUUUCAUAAAGCUGGACAGCCAGAAAGAUUGGAAAAGCUGCUCGGUUCUUGUGGGUCUGAUGCAGAAAGACGUUCGCAAGCAGAAACAGAUUGGACAUGACUUCAGCAACAUCUGCUUUGCUGUCUAUCCGGUCCCAAAAGAGUAUAAAGACCGCAAGAGCAUCCACUUAAGCCCUGAGGUGCUGUCCCGCACGAAGGCCGUCUUUAAAUCUGAACACCACCAGAUGCGUGAGGUGUGCCAGCGCUUUGAGCUGUCGCCUGGAGAGUACGUCAUUAUCCCCACCACCAAUCAGCCGAACCAGGAGGGCAGAUUCCUGCUGAGGGUGUUUUAUGAGAAAUAGGCCUACUUCAGCUCCAGUCCAGUUGUGCUAUAAUACAAUAGAAAGAAAUAGGAAAGCAGUCAACAGAAAUACAUCAUGAACCGUAUAAAGCUCCAAUGUCCUUUCUUGAGAAGUAAUAUAUUGUUCCAUUUGUCGUUGUGAAAGUUAGGAGAUUGUUAUGUUUCUAUCAAAAUAAUAGCCCGACCAUCCCACAAUAAAGUCAUUGGUGGUCCAUUAGAAGUUUGAACUGUUUCAAAUAUAAGGAAAUAUAACAUGAAAAUCAAUGUAGCCCAUUGAAUUUUACUCAUAUAAUCACGCGAUGUAUUAAACAGCCCUCGGUUUUUCAGUUUGUAGCCAUUUAUCCAUAAUGCAUGAAUUCCAUAUGAUUAAAAACUAAAAAUGUUUUCCACUGCAAAUAUAAACAUAUGUAGUUAGCUAUGUAGGCUACACUGGUCAUGCAUUUUACCAGAUCCAUCACUGGGCUCAACCUAAAUAUGUAGGUAUUUUUCAUGUUUUAUUUUUGCAAAUAGUUUGUUAAAUAUAAAUAAAUUUUAAAAAUGACUGCCAAUGACCCUCUAGGCGUACUGCCCACUGGUGGGCCAUGACCCAGAGAUUGAAAACCACUAAUAUAGGAAUGUACCUGAAAAAUGAUAAAGAACAAAGAAACAGUUGCAUAUAAACUGAUAAAUAUGGUCCUAAACGUUUUAUAAAAAACAUUUCCUAGCAAUUUUUAAAUUUUGAGACCAAAUAAUUAUCCUCUUGAACUGGGUUUCUUAAAAGGAAAAUGAAUUGUUUCAUCCUGUUUUAAUGUGAAUUUUUUAUGUUAUGUGUGCUCAACGCUUUUAAUAUGUGA